CAUAAGUCCAUCAUCCAUCGUCAUUCUGUGUAUAGCCUUGCAUGAAGUGAGAUUUACGGAGUCCAAUAUUUUAUUACAGCUGCCUGUUGUUUAUUAGCCCUUGCAUAGGUUACCUACCUAGUCACCCGAAACGGAACAUCACCGAUUGAUACCUGUCUGUUCGUUACCUGCGCAGUUUCAAACCUCAGCCUCGUCAUCCCACUUACUCACCCACUACCUUAUCCACCCAUUACGCAAAGCGUCGACGACUACAUACCUUUCAAGUCGAGAAUACUACAAAUCGGCAAUACUACGACUACAAGACAUAAGACGUGUCUCAUCAUUCUUCGUCCGGCGCGUGCAUUAACACCACCACAACCGAGCGAACCCACCUCCAUGUCUCUACCUUGAUCCACCCAUCACCACCACCACCACCUCUCCGGUCUUCUUCUUCUUCUUCCUCUUGGGCUUGGCUACAACGAAUUCCUACUUCGAAAGAUGCCCAGUGAAAAGACCCUCAACCAACUGGUCAAGGGCGCACCGACCGCCGAGGUCAAACCUCCUCCGACACCUCCACUCCCACACCUCGACUCGACCACCGACCCGACCCUCGCGACACUCCCUUCCUCGCCUCCUCAGAUCUACCUCAACCUGUUGAUACUCGAAACGUCCCUCCGCGCGCAAUACCUCCACCUGGUAUCCCGGCGGCGGCUCAACACUUUCUUCUUGUUGUUGCUGGCCCUCUGGAACGUCGGUUUCACUUACGCGCUUUUCCUCCGCCCCCGCGAAGAUGGCACCGGCCGGGGGGGUUCGGUGUACUGGAUGGUCGAGACGACGCAAAAGCUCGCCCUCAUAACCGGUAUAGUGACCGUCCUCCUCGUCCACGCCACGGGUCAAUGGGAUAGAGGAGUCCGCUGGCCUCGCAAAUGGCUGGGCACGACCAACCGGGGUCUACGAGGCUUCAACCUUCGCGUGGUCAUAAUCCGCGACAAGCUCUGGCGUGAAAUGUUGGGCCACAUGUCAUUCUUGUUGCCCUAUGGUUUGUGGCGCGGCGAAUCCGGUGGCGGCGGGGACUGGCACUUGGUCGAACACGAAGAUGGGACCACGGCAGAAGAAGACCUGGCUCCGGGCGGUGACGGCGUCAUGCUUCUUCUCCUCCCCAAAAGUUUCAGCCCCGAGUUCCGCGAGAAUUGGGAGUCCUACAGGACCGAAUACUGGGAAAAGGAAAACGAGAGGAGGUCGCACAUGCGAAAGAAGUUGGACGUCCAACGCCGCACCCGCGCAAAGGACGAAGGUGGAUGGAAAUGGUGGACGGGAGCGUGGAGGUUGGCGUCACAACAUCGACACGGAGGUCGGCAUCAUCACGACCUAGAAAAGCAUCCUCACCAUCCCACCCACCACCAAUCGACCACGUCAAGACACGGAUCGGUCACGGCUUCGAUGGGAAGUACCGGUGGUCGUCGUCGAACAGGUGCCGUCUUGGAUUCGGACAACAAUCCUCUCUCGGGUGCGAGGGGAAGCCGGUCUCGUCAAUCCUCGAGAUCUUCAACACCACACCUCGACACUUUGGAGUCGUCCUCGACCGGUGGUGGUGGACCGUUACUCUCUUCCGAGCGCGUCCGUCGUGGGAGCAGUGUGAGUAGCACUGCCAGUGGAUCUCACCGUCGCAACAACAAACAUCGUUCCGGCACCACUGGAGAAAAGGACAGAAGGGACGGUUCGGGCUUGAGUCCCUUGACGGUUCAUACGGCGACGACGACGACCAUGACGACUGCACCACAGAUGGAGGAUGAAAGAGAAGAGAGGAGGAGAAGGAGAAGGGAAAGGGAGGCGGCGAGAGAGAAGAGACUCGCCCUCUCGGGGGAGAAUGACGCAAACGAAGCGAGUGCGAGCAGUAGUGUGCCGACGACGCCCAAGUUCGACGACACUUUUGAUCACGUCAGCACCGGCAUCAAGACUGAGAAUGACCGUGCCACCACCACAGGUCCGGGCCCAGGUCUGGGUCUAGGUAUAAAUACUCGUGCCAACAGGACCAAAACGAAAAUCAAAACGGAGGAAGAAGAAGGAGGACCUGGGCGAGAAGGAUCCUCGUCAACAAUGCAGGAAGGAUUAGAUAUCUAGGUAGCCAUCAAAGAUGCUUGGGCAGUCAAUGGUCAAUUUUCAGUCGAUCUGAUCGAAAACAAUUCUACGUCAAACCAAACCAAGCCAAACUCAGACAUUUAUUCAAGGCAAAACAAUCAACAAUGAUCUUUGCACUCA